AUGGAGUUAGGUGCAUCCAAAUCCACUGGAGUUCUACCCCCUGGAACAGGCAAGUUCCAUCGGACGUCCAGGAACCAGCAGUCGGAGGACGAAGAGAACGGGUCGUCGCACUUUUACUCGAUCGAGAAGAUGGCUGCGAGAGAGGUCCAAGAGGAGCAAGGGGGCGAGCUCCACCAACCAGAGCAGCAUCACGGGGUCGAGCGGCCGUCGCGUCGAGUGGAUGUGCUCGACUUGGAUCGCUGCUUCGACACGGCCAUUCACUUCGCGAGCAGGAAGAAGCACUGGGAGAUCGUCUGCGAAGAGAAGCUCUCGAUGCUCGACCAGGAUUUCAUGGCCAUCCACGCUCGAAUCGUGCAGCAAUACGGAUCAGCUGCAGCGAGGGAAAAUAGUUCAGAUGAUCAUAAAUUACUGACGAGGUUGCUGUUCGACCAGAAGUGGUCGGACGUGGUCAUGGGCGAGCUCGAAUCCAUGCUCACGGUGUCGUUUCAGUGGCAGGAGCUCAAGGAGGAGAAGGACGAGUUGGAGCUACUAACGGAAGAAAUGCAGCGUACUCAUCAGCUACACAAGGAAGACGCACAAAGUAUGAAGGAGCAGUACGAAGAGGAGAUUGAUAAGCUGAAUACUCGCUUUGAAGCUGAAAAGAGUGAGAUGGAGCAGCGAGUGACCGACUCGAAGGAGCAAUUGGCGAAGAUGGGCGACACGAUGAGGGCGCUGAACGCGAUUUUCCGACAAAUGCGUGAUGACACGGAGAAAGUCAAGGCCGUUGAGCUUCGUGAGAACUACAUGAGGCUCGAACACAAGCACGAGCAGUGCCGCGAGGAAAUGGAGCAACUGCGUCCGCUGGUUCAGGAGAAGCAGCAGCUUUUAGGCCGAAUCGACGAGCUGAUUCAAGACCAGAACGCGCUCAAAGACGAAAUUGCGGGGUUGAACGAGCUGCUGAAGACCAAGGACAGUAUCAUCGCGUCGCUUAUGGAGGAGCAGAGCAACCUCAUUGCAGCCCAAGAACUGAAAGAAACUCGAGAGGAGGAACUGCGCAGACAGGAAGAAGAAGAGAACGAGGAGGAGGACGAGCCCCGAGAGGCAAAUGGCCCAAGUAACGACAGAAGACGGGGAUCUAUCUCCUCCACUGCAGUCUGUGUUCGCUGUAAGGAAGAGCUGCGUACGAUGUCUGCGAAUGGAGGGCUGGCAAAAGGAGACAAGGCGUUGGACAGGCUCCCCACCAAGAAGAGACGCAUCCAGUGCCUGUACUUCAGAAUUAUGCUGCCGAAUCUAGGCGGUCGACGACCUCAGCGCGACAUCUCGUGGACCUUCAGCUGCAUGAGAUCAAUUAUGUUCGCCAAGCAGAUCGAUGACUCCAUAUGUAAGCGCACCGCUGGGUUAUUCCCGCUCCGAAUUCGCAUGCCGGAGUUUGUAAACGCGUGGUUUUCACCCUGGAAGCCCUUGAAAGACGAGAAAAAAGUCGCAGAAGUUGAUUCGCUUGACGAAAGUGCAGUCAUGGACGAUAUGAGCGAUCCAAACGCAGCGGAGCAACGACUAAUGCAGGCCGAUGAGGACCGGGAGGCAAAACUGUUUUUAUCGCUUCUGGACGAGAAAUUCGGUGAAGAUGAACAGGUCUUCAUGCUUCAUUGCUACCGGGUGCUCGACGUUUUACUCGGUGGGCGCUUGAACUGGGGCCCACUACGCGACAAGGUGUCGUACGAAAUAUUCGCUCAGGAGUACGCUCUUCUCUUCCCUGAAAAAUCUACAAAAACCGGGGGGUUAUCUGCUACGCGUCGAGUUCCUAAAACUAUCUGGAUAUCGCCGUAUCACGCCUCACUCGCUACGAGUGUGAUCCUCUCCAAAGCAACCGAGACAGAGCGGGAAGCGCUCGACAAGAAGAUUUUAGAGUACGUGGUCUCUAACGUUCCUGAAGAUGAACGACCGGAGGUUUACCUCGAGCCCAAGACGAAGAGCUGGGACGUUGAGCCGGAUGUGCCACACUCCAAGAAGCGGCCCGCACUAAACCGACGCGGCAAACUCAACGAUGAGCCAGAGGAAGAACUACCGUCGCAGUUUGUGGACGCGAAUCUCUGGGUCGAGCUCAUGAUGCACGAGUACAAGGAAGAGCAGGCGCACCGACGUGCAGCCAUCCGCCUGAUGUUUCAAACGGCGACGACGUCAGCGGCAGCGUCGGCUUCUGAGUCUGCGGCGGAGAUGUCGCUGUCAGCGAUGCUGGGGAUCAACUACGCCUCCAUGGACAUGGAGCAGUUCCGAGUGAUGGUGCACACUUUGAACGACGAGAUCCCAUCGUUCAUGGUCGCCACGCUCUUCCGAAAUGCCUACACACGGGGGAACGGCACGGUCAACUUCGAUUCCUUCAUGGACGCCGCCGAGACGUGGCAGUUCUUCUCGACUUGUAUGAGGCUCGAACCUCCCAGCUCCGUCGUGUCCCGACUAUUUGGUCACCCAUUCUCCAGAUCGCCCGCGAUCAUGAACCCAAGCUCCAGAGCUGCAUCGAUCGUUCACAAAUUCUUCACAAUUUUAGGGAACGAAAUCGACUCCACGAUCGAGGAAUUGCCACUGUGGACCCGCAGGAUGACGGAUUCGCUAGCGUAUGAGAUCUCGUCGUCCUUGGUGGAAGGAGGAUUCAGCGAUGGAGUUCGACUGCUAACGCUGUUCCAACGACUCAUCGAUAAUCUCGGCGCGGCGAAGUUAAUACGACGCGAAACUACGGGCUCUCUAUUCAGCUCCAACGACUUAUUCUGUAUCGAGAAGGCUCUGCAUGGACUACUCGACUUCGCUCGCCAUCGUGAAAAAUUAUCCGCGGAGCUGCCGAUCGAUGCAGUACGACAGAAGCUCAGUGUUAAGCGGGUACAAAUGAAGUUCCGCAAGCGUUUGCUACAAGAUCAUGGAGCUCCGUUAGUGAUGCGGUCGCUGAUGCACCGACGCUAUGGCAGUGGCGUCCUCAACUACAGACAUCAGAGGGCUGAGCGACCUUUGAUCUGGUUGCGCCUGCUGAUCUCCAUGAUAUUGCGCUUGUCGAUGCAGUCCCCGCGCAUGAUCGCGGUAUUGGGCGAGCUGAGCAGUAUCAGUGACGCUUUCCACGCGGGGCGAUCGUCACUACUCCAAUUGACUGUCUCAAGCGCGCUCAAUGGCGGGGUCGGCCCCACACCAAAGCCCCUUUUCGUAGAGUUCAUCUACGACUUUUUCCUGGAGAAUUUCGGUUCGCGCUGCGAGUCGGAGCGCAUGAUCCACGACGUAUUUUACAAUUGCCGGUCGUUCGUGCGGUCAGAUCCGCUAGCGUCGCUCUUCAGUUACCUCUGCUGCAUGAGCAACUCGUGCCCUGAAGACCGACUGCUGGGGCAAAAUGAGGCGUUGGCCUUCCUCCACGCCAUUUUCCGCUCCGGACUGCACGACUUCCGCCUCAUCAAUCCAGCACGAAAGACGGUAUCAAGUGAUAAUACGUCCAAUGAUCCAGCUCCCGUUGCUUCAUCAGUGGUUAGUGGAGUCGACUUCGUGCCUAUCGUCGUGGUGGAGACCAUUCUACAGACGGCGUUCGCGAAGCUGAGCUCGGACCAGAAAAUGCGACUGAGAAUCCGCUUGCUUGCGGCUGCAAGUACUAACAAUUCCGAGCCUCCGUCAGGAAUGGAGGCUAAUUCGUUCCUGGUGUUCAUUCUUCAGGAGUGGAGGCGCUACGUCCUUCACCGUCUGAACGAGAUUCGUGUGGCUUGUUGUGAAGCUGAGAACGACCUACUUCACUUCGAAAAGCUCUUGCAGCUGGAGAUGCUGUCGAGUAUCUUGCAGAAGGUGAACAUCACCUUCACGUCGGAGGACCUGUGCGUCAUUCUGCGGCGGUUAUACAUCACCGAGAAGACCCCAAGCCAUGAAAACGAUACCCCAGCGUCCAAGCCUGACCCCAUGAGCGACCGCAUCGCCGCUGCCUGUUUCCCCCUCGUCACGAAGGAGACUUUGAGCGAGCUUCAAAUUCUGGAACAUGCGGCGCCAACCCCCUUUGAAGUCAAAGCCAGUCCGCUGCUGAGCUACGAGUUCCUGGUUAGUACGUGGAACGACUACGAGGAGCCUUGUCAGCGGCUUCUGAAUGAUCUGCGUCAGGUUGGCAAGAACAAUGAUAUCCAGGCUAAGGCGCUGUCACGUUGGCCUGCGAAUAGCGAGGCUGAGGGAGGCAGUACCGUGCUGUAUUUGAGCUCGUCCUCGUCGUCGAACGUCGUAUCGAGUCAGGAUGUGGCGCAGCUUGAAGCCGUCCACGCGCUGUUCCUCGAAAGGCUUCAGAAACUCACGCAGAUUUUUGAUACAAAACUACAGGAACAAAACGUGGCACCUACUGCGGUGCCGAACGGUGGGCGAAGACGUGCUAGCAUCAGCAUCCAUCGCGACGGAUCUCUGCACUUGGUGGACGAGGUGAGGUCGCAGGAGACGAUGGUCAACGAGACGCGGAAGGUGUUUCGGCAAAUGUUCGCGGGGUUCGUCAAGCUACGCGCAAUUGGACAGCUCGGAGAUGGAGCCUUACCGGAUCAGUGGGAGCGCCGUAGCGUGUAG